AUAGCUGCUGAAAGCCCAACUGGGCGGGACUUGUCUUGGCCGGAAAGUCAAUGUAACCGUCAGAGCAAAGCACUUUAGUUCGGAUUUAACAGUAAGAACAUUACAAAUCCAGAGAUACCGCUAUUUUUCAGGUCCUUGCUGCAGUCUGAUGGAUUCAUGAGAACAUCCAAGAGAGCAGAGUCUGUUCAGUACCAUCAUGGCCCUUGCUGAGGAGCAGCCUGAGAAACACUGUUGGGUGUGUUUUGCCACCGAGAGAGAUGACCACAGUGCAGAGUGGGUGAGCCCCUGCAGGUGUAAGGGCUGCACUAAAUGGAUCCACCAGUCCUGUCUGCAGCGCUGGAUGGACGAAAAGCAGAAGGGGAACAGCGGAGGAGCAGUCAACUGUCCACAAUGUGGAACUGAAUACCAUGUUAUCUUCCCCAAGAUGGGCCCGUUGGUGUAUUUCCUGCAGCAGGUAGACAGAGCUCUGUCACGGGCCAGUCCCUUCGCUGCUGUCGGGGUGGUUGUCGGGACGGUGUACUGGUCAGCCGUCACAUACGGAGCCGUGACUGUCAUGCAGGUUGUGGGUCAUAAGAAGGGGCUGUAUGCGAUGGAACGCGCUGACCCACUGUUCCUGUUGUUGGGUCUGCCCACCAUCCCCGUGGUGUUGGUCCUGGGAAAGAUGAUCCGCUGGGAGGACUAUAUAGUGAGACUGUGGCAGAGAUACUCCUACAAAUGCACGGUCCCGACAGGUAACAACCGUUACCUGCCCCGUGUCCCUGUUGAGGGGCCCAGUGCAGGAGAUCACCUCUCGGUGUCCAGGACUCUGUGUGGAGCUCUCGUCUUUCCCUCCAUCGCCAGUCUGGUUGGAAGGCUGCUGUUUCGACAGGUCUCCUCUAAUCUGCAGCGCACAAUACUGGGUGGCAUCGCGUUUGUGUUGAUCAAGGGAGUCCUGAAGGUGUAUUUCAAACAGCAGCAGUACAUCAUGCAGGCCAACAGACACAUCCUCAACUACCCUGAAAGGAACGGAGAUGGACAGAAUGAAGGUGGAGAGGAGGACACAGAGGACAGUGGAAACGAGUAGUUUUAUUAAUGUGGAUAGAGCCAGAGAUGAUGGUACAAAACAAAAUAAAUUUUACCACAAAACUCGAUGCAGAACUCAGGUGGGUGCUAUUGUAGAUGAGGAGAGCGGUGUCGAUGGGAGUGGGUGUGUUUGGUAAAAAUGAAUUAGCUUGAUCUACCUGACGUGGAAAUAAUGAAAUGGGGGGGGUGCUGCGUGAGGGGAUUCAGAGUCAAAAAAGGUCCUUCUCAGAGUCAUAACUUGGUCAGAUCUGAACACACAGACAUGAGGCACAUGUUGCUAUGAUGAUUCAGUCUGACUUCCACCUCCUGAGGAAAUGAUUAUCUCCGAUGUCCCUCCAGAAUAAACUUCCAGAAAUCCGCCUUGAAAUGAUUUUAGAAAGAGAGAGGAUGCAGAACUUGCCUGAGAAUCGUCAGGUUUUUAAGUUUUCCUCAGUAUCACAUUAAUCCAGUGAUAGCUGUCUGUACAUUCAUGGCUACACUACAAACAGGAACUGAUCACAGUGGAUUCAGCUUCAACUUUCAAUGGGGAUAAUUUGACAAAUAUAGAAAAAAAAAAA